GCAAAGAGGAAGUGGUAGCUAGCUAGCAGAGGCAGGCGGCCGGCUGUGAGGCCGCGAGGGCGCGGGCCGCCCGGUGAGGCAGCGACCAUGGAGCUGUGGCGCCAGUGCACGCACUGGCUGAUCCAGUGUCGGGUGCUGCCGCCCAGCCACCGCGUGACCUGGGACGGGGCGCAGGUGUGCGAGCUGGCCCAGGCCCUCCGGGAUGGCGUCCUUCUGUGCCAGCUGCUCAACAACCUGCUGCCCCACGCCAUCAACCUGCGCGAGGUCAACCUGCGCCCCCAGAUGUCUCAGUUCCUGUGCCUUAAGAACAUCCGUACCUUCUUGUCCACCUGCUGUGAGAAGUUUGGUCUCAAGCGGAGUGAACUCUUUGAGGCCUUUGACCUCUUCGAUGUCCAGGAUUUCGGGAAGGUCAUCUACACCCUGUCUGCUCUGUCCUGGACCCCGAUUGCCCAGAAUAAGGGGAUCAUGCCCUUCCCCACUGAGGAGGAUACUGUGGGUGAUGAGGACAUCUACAGUGGCCUGUCUGACCAGAUCGACGACACGGUGGAGGAGGAUGAGGACCUGUACGACUGUGUGGAGAACGAGGAGGCGGAGGGGGACGAGAUCUACGAGGACCUCAUGCGCUCGGAGCCGGUGCCCAUGCCGCCCAAGAUGACAGAGUAUGACAAGCGGUGUUGCUGCCUGCGAGAGAUCCAGCAGACGGAGGAGAAGUACACGGACACGCUGGGCUCCAUCCAACAGCAUUUCUUGAAGCCCCUGCAACGAUUCCUCAAACCUCAAGACAUCGAGAUCAUCUUCAUCAACAUUGAGGACCUGCUUCGCGUGCACACUGUCUUCCUAAAGGAGAUGAAGGAAGUCCUGGCCACCCCCGGGGCGCCCAGCCUCUACCACGUUUUCAUCAAAUACAAGGAGAGGUUCCUAGUCUAUGGCCGCUACUGCAGCCAGGUGGAGUCAGCCAGCAAGCACCUGGACCACGUGGCCACAACCCGGGAGGAUGUGCAGAUGAAGCUGGAGGAAUGUUCUCAGCGAGCAAACAACGGGAGGUUCACGCUGAGGGACCUGCUGAUGGUGCCCAUGCAGCGAGUACUCAAGUAUCACCUCCUCCUCCAGGAGCUGGUCAAACACACGCAGGAUGUGAUGGAGAAGGAGAACCUGAAGCUGGCCCUGGACGCCAUGCGGGACCUGGCACAGUGUGUGAACGAGGUCAAGCGGGACAAUGAGACGCUGCGGCAGAUCACCAACUUCCAGUUGUCCAUUGAGAACCUGGACCAGUCUCUGGCCCACUAUGGCCGGCCCAAGAUUGAUGGGGAGCUCAAGAUCACCUCUGUGGAGAGGCGCUCCAAGAUGGACAGGUACGCCUUCCUGCUCGACAAAGCCCUGCUCAUCUGCAAGCGCCGAGGGGACUCCUACGACCUCAAGAACGUUGUGGACCUGCAAAACUUCCAGGUUCGAGAUGAUUCUUCUGGAGAGCGAGAAAACAAGAAGUGGAGUCACAUGUUUCUCCUGAUUGAGGACCAAGGCUCCCAGGGCUAUGAGCUGUUCUUUAAGACACGAGAACUGAAGAAGAAGUGGAUGGAGCAGUUCGAGAUGGCCAUCUCCAACAUCUACCCUGAGAACGCUACUGCCAACGGGCAUGACUUCCAGAUGUACUCCUUCGAGGAGACCACGUCAUGCAAGGCUUGUCAGAUGCUGCUGAGAGGCACCUUCUACCAGGGCUACCGCUGUCAUCGGUGCCGGGCACCUGCACACAAGGAGUGCCUGGGAAGGGUCCCUCCCUGUGGCCGACACGGGCAAGAUUUUUCAGGAACCAUGAAGAAGGAUAAGCCACAUCGCCGACCUCAGGACAAAAAGCGGAAUGACCUGGGCCUGCCCAAGAUGGAGGUGUGUCAGGAAUACUAUGGGCUUCCUCCCCCGCCUGGAGCCAUUGGGCCUUUCCUACGGCUCAACCCUGGAGACAUCGUGGAGCUCACCAAGGCCGAGGCUGAACAGAACUGGUGGGAGGGCAGGAACACGGCUACCAAUGACGUUGGCUGGUUUCCCUGUAACAGAGUCAAGCCCUAUGUGCACGGGCCCCCUCAGGACCUGACUGUUCAUCUCUGGGAGCCUGUUGAAUUUUCAUACCACCCCUCCGCCACAACUCUCCCCUUUGGGAAAAGAAGGAGGACACCAAGACCCAGAGAGGGGCAGCGCCUUGUUCAGUGUCACAGUGAGGACGGGCCGGGGACGGGACGGAGCCAACUCCAGGGCCUGACCGUGCUGCCCGCCAUGCCUGAGGCACCCCAGCCGCGUUUGGUCAGAAACCUCCUCCGCGGAGGGUGGUUUGAUCUUCCUUUUUUCAGGAGAGGAAAUUAGGUCUCCGAGUGGCAAAAUCCGUUCCCAAGGCCCCAGAGCAGCUGGGGUUCAGAUCUGGUCUCUGCCCUCCCCCUGGGCUGUGGUCACCGGGCGUGGACCCUCACUUCAGGUGCAGAAUUUGAAGAGGCGGCCAAACACUCAGGCAACGAGAUCCCUGAUGGUCCAGUGCAGCCUUUCACAGGAUCAAAAGCAAGGCAGAUGAAACCCAUGAUAAGCAAAAUACCAAAAUUGUAAAUAAAGGCAGGAUCUGGCCGUGCUGGGGUGGAAGGAGGUGACUCGGUGAACCCACGAGUGUGAAUGGACUUUGUCAUCUUUAUUCAAAACCUUGACGUUUUGUUUAGCACGGAUUUGUUUUUUGCAUUCAUUUGAAAAACUGAAGUGAAAUCCACACGACAGACAAUCAGCCAUUUGAAGCGGCGUUUAUAUUAGUAUUUAUGUUUAUAUUACAUAUGUACAUGCAUAUCUCAUACACAGCCAUAUAUCCCCUGAAUUAAUGUGUAGUAUUUAUGUGAUAUAUUUACAUUUGCAGCAUAAGUAUGUUCACAUCCACAUCUAUAGAUCAUCUGUAACUACAUGUAAUCUAUAAUUAGUAAAUAGUAUGUCUUUAUAGUUGUAAUGUAAUAUAUUCAUAUUUGUGUAUCAUCCAUAAUUGUAUAUUAUCUAUCA